UCUUGCGUCAGAGGAGCUGGGCCGCCAUCUUAAACGCCGCUGAGAGAUCGUUGGAGCCGCUGCCGUUGCGCCUCGUGUUUCUCCAUGAGGAAAAUGCUGACUGCUGUGGUGUCCCACGUGUUUUCGGAAGUGGUCCAGAAGCCAGCUCUCAGAGGGGUGCUGGCCUCCGUUAACUUCUCCAACGACACCACCUGUGAAAUUAAGAAGUGCGACCUGUACCGGUUGGAAGAGGGCCCCCCCACCUCCACCGUGCUCACCAGAGAGGAGGCCCUCAAAUACUACCGGUCCAUGCAGGUGAUUCGGCGCAUGGAGAUGAAGUCUGACCAGAUGUAUAAGCAGAAGUUCAUUCGUGGUUUCUGUCACCUGUGUGAUGGGCAGGAGGCCUGCUGCGUGGGGCUGGAGGCAGGGAUAAAUCCCACGGAUCAUGUCAUCACGUCCUACAGGGCUCAUGGCUUGUGCUACACUCGGGGCCUGUCGGUCAAAUCCAUUCUCGCAGAGCUGACUGGACGUAGAGGAGGCUGUGCUAAAGGCAAAGGAGGCUCCAUGCACAUGUACUGCAAGAGGUUCUACGGGGGCAAUGGCAUUGUUGGAGCACAGGUGCCCUUGGGAGCCGGUGUUGCUUUCGCCUGUAAAUACUUGGGAACUGGUGAGAUCUGCUUGGCCUUGUAUGGCGAUGGUGCAGCUAACCAGGGGCAGGUAGCCGAAGCUUACAAUAUAUCAGCCUUGUGGAAAUUACCGUGUGUUUUCAUCUGUGAGAAUAACCGCUAUGGAAUGGGGACAGCCACUGAGAGAGCAGCAGCCAGCACUGAUUACCACAAGAGAGGCAAUUUUAUCCCUGGACUGAGGGUGAAUGGAAUGGAUAUUCUCUGUGUCCGCGAGGCAACCAAGUUUGCAGCUGAUCACUGCAGAUCUGGAAAGGGGCCCAUUUUGAUGGAACUGCAGACCUACCGUUAUCAUGGACAUAGUAUGAGUGAUCCAGGGGUCAGUUACCGUUCACGAGAAGAAGUUCAAAGCAUGCGAAGUAAGAGUGAUCCUAUUAUGCUUCUCCGAGAGAGAAUGAUAAACAACAACCUCAGCAACAUUGAAGAAUUGAAGGAAAUCGAUGCAGAUGUGAAAAAAGAAGUCGAGGAAGCAGCCCAGUUUGCUACAACUGAUCCAGAACCAGCUUUGGAAGAAUUAGCCCAUCAUCUCUACUACCGAAAUCCACCAUUUGAAGUUCGUGGUACAAAUAAGUGGAUCAAGUAUAAGUCCAUCAGUUAGAGAUUACUUAUAGAUUUGUUACAAGUUCUUCAGUGGAAUAUUUAUGCUGAACUUUAGGAAACUUCUCAACUUUGUUAAGAAAGAAUAAAUAAAAUGUCAUUAAAGACAAAAGUCUUGUAAACCUUCAUAAAA